AUGUCUCCAACCCCUUCGUCCACAACCGGCCGACCAGAAGCCACUCCAUCCUCGGCCGAGCCCGACGACAUCCGUCACGAACAAGAAGAAUACAACGAACAACAUGAAGCCGCCCUCGCGGCCGAAUUCCUCGAAAAAGCCGAGCAGGCACGCAUCAAACACAUCUGGCGCCUCUGUUUCACCAUCUUCGCCCUCGUGCAAGCCGGCAAUGUCGUCCUCCAACCGCCCCUCGUUCAACUCAAAGAGUUAUCAAGCUGCAUGUCCUAUUACGGCCCUGGAUGGUCGCUGGGAAGAGACUGCAGAGUCGAAUAUGUACAAAAUGAGUUGGAGACAUUGAUCAAAUGGCAGCAGCUACUAGAUACUGCUCCCGGGAUAUUGUUUGGCGUGUUUUAUGGUAUGGCGGCGGAUCGGUUCGGGCGGAGGCCUGUGCUGGGCCUUUCGCUUGUGGGGAUUCUGUUGGCCGCUGUUUGGACGCAGGUUGUCUUGUUCUGGCCGACGGUCUUCCCGACUCGAUUGACUUGGCUGUCAGUUGUUUUUCAACUAGCCGGAGGCGGCACCCUAGUUGCGAACGCCAUGAUUUUCGCAAUGGUGUCCGACAUUACGCCAGAGGAAAAGAGGGCGUCAAAAUUCUUCCGCUUAUACGGAGUUGCUCUUCUCUCUGACAUGGUCCUAUCACCAGCCAGCGGAGCCCUUGCAAGCAUCCAACCCUGGUGGCCAGCCCGUUUUGGGCUGAUCGCAUUCAUUAUGGCUAUUCUUACGACCGUACUAGUCCUUCCCGAGACAUUCGUCAAGCCAGAAGCCCUAUCCUCGACCAAUCUAGCACAGACUACUCCAGUUGAGGAAGAGGAUCCUGAAGAUGAAGAGGAUGACCCAGUUCUAUAUGCCGACGCGCCAAAGCAUACACCCUGGCGGCGCGUACGCAAAGUAGUCUCGAGUCUGCGCGAUCUCAGAUACUUGAUUGCAUCGCGGCAGGUACUCCUACUAGUACCAUUACUUUCCGUGGGCCAGUUGUACGAUCAGUCAGCUGGUUUUUUUCUGAAUUACGUCUCAAAACGGUACGGAUGGCGCAUUUCGCAGGCCAGUUUCUGGUUGACGUAUCGCAAUGUUGUCAAUCUGGUACUUCUUAGUACAAUUCUACCCGGUGUGAGCGCGCUGCUUCUCAAGCGUGGAUUCGAUGCAGGAAAGAAAGACCUUUGGAUUUCCCGUGCGAGCAUUGUGUGUUUGGCACUAGGCGCUUUUGUUAUUGGUCUAGCGCCAACGCUGACGAUUAUGGUCACUGGUCUCACAAUAUUCGCCCUCGGCCACGGCUUCGUCCCCGCUGUCCUGAGUCUAGCAACUCCAUUCAUUGAACCAGGCCAUGUCGGCAUGCUCUACACAGCCAUGACGAUCGGCGAGACAAUUGGCAAAAUCGCCAACGAACCUCUACUCACUGGAAGUUUUGAGCUUGGCAUGCGAGUUGGUGGAUUGUUGUUGGGCUUACCGUUUGUGGCUACAGGUGUGUUGUUGACGAUCACGGCGCUGGGCAGACCACCUAGCCCAUUCCACCUCGUCCCCGUUCUAGACGGCAGCUACCCACAACUCGACUUCUGGCGCGUGGGCGACAUCUACGAAACAAUGCACGACAAUAACCGCAAGCGUGUCCAUGCCUUGCUCAGUCUACAAGUCUGGCACUCCACCAAAAGCUCACGAUGA